GUUUGAUCUACUGGCGUUGUUUGCCGCAUAGUUUGAGCAGUUUGAGUGGUUUGAGUGCCUUCCGUGCAACGUGUUUUCUCGUUGUUUAGGUUAGAUAUUGGUUACGUGGUGUACGGUGUUUUGUUUUUGGUACUCUUCGCAAUGUCUGUACGGCUCAGCGCGUACGCGAACACCCUUGACGGGCCUGCGAAGACCGCCUACAUCGACAAAGUUCGUCGUUGCAACGGAGCAGACCCGCUGGCGUUGACUUCGAAGGAACUUAACUUUGAACUUGCAGGUGUCCCGAGAGUCGAGAGGGUCGAUAUCAACGAUUACUUGGUACACGGCACGAAGUUCAUCACUCGCGCACAGUUGAAGGCCUACAAAGAGCUGGAAGCUUACAACUUCUUGGUGAGCGAGUGGGUAGAGGUGCCAAAGCUUCGCGUGCUGCCGGACGGAAUGGUCGUCGUCGUCGGCAAGGUGAACCAGCCCGAGGGCCCCAACUCGCAGCCCCUCAAACCCUGGCUCCUGCUUCAAGCAGACGGGGCAGUGGAGCUAGCACACUGUACCUGCAUGGCUGGACUCGAAGAAUGCUGCUCGCACAUUGCAGCCGUGCUGUUCUACCUAGAAGCCAUUGUAAAGGAGCGAGGCGACGCCGGCGACGAGCUACCCAACACUCCGGAGCCCAUUUACCUCAAGGAUGUGGCUUGCUGCCCCAUCGCCGACAUGGACUUCUCGUCCGCGACGGCAAAGAAAAGACGGCCCGGCGGCAGCGAGAUGCAGGCGGCUGGGAGGCAGAGACGAAGCAUUCCCAAGCCUAGUGAAGAGGAAUGGAACCUGUUCCUCAGACGGAUGCACGCGUCGGGGACGCGGCCGGCAUUCCUAGCCUUAACCGAAGGGUACUCCCACUUUUAUGCUCCGACUGGGCACAGCGAAGAGAUUGUUUCAGACACCGGCGUUCCCCCUUGAGCUUGUGAGAUUGUUGUUCUUUUGACGGCCAGAGACUGGACACUCCAAGCCUAAGCGUGUUUGUCUCGUUUUCGUUCCUAUAAAUUUUACUUUUGCCCUGCUGGA